CACGCCAAUCAAGCCUUGCAUUCUAAUUUUUGCGACAAUAUUUUAUUAAAGAGUACAGCGACAAAUUAUUCCGCCACCAGCCGGUCAACUGUCUGCAGCGUUGUCUCACCACGGCCGCACCGAUCGCGAAAUUGACCACGCCGAAAAAUUUCAGCGCCGUCGCAACCGCCAGACCGCAACUCGGAGCCGCCGACUGCAUCCGCGGCGCCGGUUUUUCUAUGUACAGAAAAAUCAAACCGAUUUGUCUGCGGAGAGGCGAGUUAAAAAAUUGAAUAUAUCAAAAUCACAAAGUUUUUGAAAUAGUUUCGGACACAUUACUUGCAUUGGUUGGGCUCAAUUCGUAUGCAGUGUUCUCAAAUCUUAAUUUUACGUGGUUCGAAGCGAGCAAGUUCUGCAAGUCCCGCGGGCUUCACUUGGCUACAAUUGAAGGUCCCCACGAAGUAACAAUGCUAGGCCACUACCUCAAAUCAAAACUGGAUUUGACAAAUAAAACUUUCUGGAUCGGCGCAAUGCUCUCGGCUUACCAAAAUGAAACAUCGGGCGUUUCUCCUUUUUCACUCGCUCAAAGGUUUUGGACCGAAAGUGGCGAGUUUUACGACGGAAACCUCACCCUUCUGUCCGAUUAUAACGCCAAUGGAAUCUAUUGCGUCUUUCUUCAAUGGCGGAAUCAGAUGGAAACGAAUUACGGACUGGACGAUUGUUUCACGUCCAACUUUUUCAUCUGCCAAGUGCCGAUCGCGUGUUACGACGAGUCCUGUCCGAAGCUGACAAACGAUACUUCCGUGUUGGUGGACGAAAACUUCCGAUUCUGGUCCACGACUUAUUUCCCUCAUAUUGAAACAACAACCAGAAAGCCUUGCGUCAGGGUCUGCCUCAAUGCGUCUUGUGAUGCUCGAGACAGAGCGGAGGCGAUUUUGAACAAAAAUAAAGGCAACCGGAAAUAUGUCAGCAUGUGCGGGAAUAAUUUCUUCUUCGAUGACAAAAUUAUGCCGUUUGAGGAAUACCCGUGGACUUGCUGUGCCAGCAAAAUGAGCAUGGUGACGAUCUUGUCGUUGGAGAAAAUUAUGUGUGUUGUCGAAGCAUUGCAAAAACUUGAAGGAGUAAUUAACGACACCUUUUGGACGUCGCUUAAUUACAACCCUGAAUGUUUGGACCCUUUUCACUGGUGCAGCUCAAAUGUCACGCUAAUGAAUCUCGGUCCGGCCGACACGUGGCUCCCUGGCGAACCGAAUUUCAAAAAAGGCAACUGUCCCGUUUUGAAAGUGGACACCGCAAAAAAGCGAUUCGGUCUUGCCAUGGAAAGCUGCCAUCUGGAAUUCAGAUCCGUUUGCGAAACCUCCAUGGUUGGAAUUCAAACGACGGCCAAAACAAGUGUGGCAAAAUAUUUGCGCUCCACUACGCCGCGACCAACAACAAGUUCUCCCACGCCUCCCCCGACAAUUACCAUUAGACAAUUUUUUAACUUCAUACCGACCGCCGUGGUGGUGGCAACGACCACAGCAAAAAUUUCGACCACCGAAGCACUUCCUGAGCCGCUCUGCGACACUUUCAACUGUUCCCAAGUCACAUGCCUUGUCAAUACCACCUUGGCAAACGCGAGUGCCAAUUUUGAAAAUACUCUUCCGGGAAUAUUCAUUAAAAUUCCUAACAAAAAGCGAUUUUUCAUAUCCGAUUUCAAACUGAACCAUUCAGAGGCUGAGAAAUUCUGCUGCGCUUAUGGAAUGUCUCUCGUUUCGCUGGAUAACGCUGACAAGACAACCUCGAUUUCCAGCCAUGCAAACAUGACCCCUGGAUUGAACUGGGUGGCUGCGAAAAGGUCAGACUGCACAGAAACGUGGACUUGGUGCUUCAAGGAAACGCCCGUGUCCGAUUUUCUCACAAAAAGUGCCCAAACUGACGUUAAAAGAAAAGGGUGUUUGCUCUGGGAUGGAGUUUUUCGCGACGCAAAAUGCAAGGACGCCAAUAACUUUAUUUGCGAGCAACGUUGUGAAAUUCCCAAGUGCAGAAAAUUCAUCGACUGCAAAAUCAAUGAAACUUACAUCGGCCAAACUGGAGACUUUGUUGGUAUUAUUUAAUUAAUUUAUGAUAAAAAUCAUAAAUAUAAAGGAUUUAAGUCCCAAAGUCAAAGGGAACGUUAAUUUCCUCUGCAAAAAAAUGUCCAUCAGUUCGACCUGCGCGGCUUUAUUUCGUUUCCAAAGAAAAAGCAAUUUAAUAAAAAAUUAUAGCUUUGAGAUUUAUUUAAAAAAAAAAUUAGGUCAGCUACUUCCGGGCUGAAAAAGAGUGUUGUGAAUUGGGCAUGAGACUCGUCAGUUUAACUGCAAGGGCGCAGGACCAAUGCUUAAUAACAAUCAGUUGAUAUUUAUUUUGCAUCUGAGAACUACGGAUAAUUUUCUUUAAAUUAAUUAAAGCGCCAGUCAUGUUUGGCGACGUUUACUGGACUUCAGGGGCUAUGCCAGGUUGCGGAGGGCAGUGGACGUGGUGUGGAAGUGGCGACGCUCUCGACACCAACGCACACGCCAAAUGGGGCCCCGACCAGCCCGAUGCCCAAUUCGGCGAGGAAAACUGCAUCACUUGGAAUAAAGAUUUCCUUCUCCUCGGCGGCACCAUUUUUGACUUCCCAUGCAGCAGGCCAAACAAGUACUUCUGCGAGGCCAUACGCAAAGAAGGUUUGUGAUAGCGACAAAAUUUUGAUGAUUGCGUAAAA